CAGAGAGAGUGAUAUAAAAGGCAAGGCAGCGGGGUCCCACACUAUACAGAAAUAGCCCUACGCUGACUUUGAAUAAUGACUCAGAAGCUGUUUGUCGCUAUUCUCUUGGUUGCCCUGAUUAGCCUGGUGGCUAUGGAACCAGAGGUGAGGACUUAUUAGAGCAGGGAUACAUCCAGAGCUAGGAGAUCAUUAUUAUUAAUUGAGAUAAUAGAGGACUAAUGCAAUUUUACACUCUGGCAGUUUAAAUUGGAUUGCAUGCUGUGUACUCUGUAAUAUAAAAUACCUGUGUAGUGCUAAAUAAGCUAGAGUUUAACACGUUGUGUGUCAGAUUGGAAUAGUUGGUUGGAAUCGAUGGUUUAGAACAGGGGUGCCCAAACAGUAGCUCCCCAGAUGUUGUAGAACUACAACUCCCAUGAUGCUUUGCAUGCCUUUAGAAUGGCAACACAUCGUGAAAGCUGAAGUGUUAAAACAUCUGGGGAUCUGUCUUUUGGGGACCUCUGGUUUAGAGGGUAAACAUUUUAAAUGAUAUCUUGUUAUUCUUGUUGCAAAAACUGUUAUAGAAAUAGGCGCAAAAACAAACAAAAAAAAACCAAUUGGGUUCAGUAUUUGAGAAUAUGCAAUGUAACUUCGGUGCAUAGUUUAAGAAGGCGAAUACACAGCUCUUUAGGAACUCUAAUUAAAAGUGAAUGGGGCAAGGAUGUUAAUGUAUCAGAGAGCGUAAAUUUAUCAACCAAUUCUAAGAGGGUUUAUCUCCAGGCACAACAUUUUACUAAAUUGAAAACAGAAUUGCAAAAUGUUAACAAAACUUUUGAUUUGGAAAAACAAAAUCCCCAACUCUGCUAAUUGCUAAGUUUUUUUAAUUCACUUUUAAUUUCACCACAAUUCACUGUUUAGUGAAUAAACCUUAAAUGUUGUUUUUUGUCAUUCCUGACAUUUAACAAUCACAUGUAGAGAGUUAUUCACUAAUUUUUGAAUUGUUAGGAAUUCAAAGUGAACGUCAAAAUGUAAAUAAUAUUAGCUAAAUUUAGAAAAUCACGCUGAGUCAGUCAUGUUUACAUUUACUGCUAUUUUGGUAUAGAAUUUUAAAUUCGCUUUGAAUUCCCCAUAAUUCAUAUUAGUAAAUAACCUUGUAAGAGUCGAGAGACAGGAGUCAAAUGUCAUCCCUAUAGAAGGCCCACGAUGGAAGGAAGUAUUCCCUGAACAGUGAAUUGUGUUAAAAUGAGAGGAGUAUUUCCAAAUUCAGCUCUGGUUCCUUUUUAUCCACAAACCACGAGUCACGGUUAGUUCACAGCUGGUUUAGGUAAAGUUCAAUACUUGUGGCUUUGGCCUAAAUUUCGUAAGUCACUUUCCAACUCACAACUCACUGUUUUAUGAAAAAAUAUAUUUUAUAAAUGUAAUUAGAGAAAGGGACUGCGUUAUCUGUCUUUGUUGAUACACUAUUCUCUACAUUACAUAUAGACUUUAUUCACUAACGUGUGCUUUAUCAAUAAUUCAAACUGAAUUCAAAAAUAAUUUUCAGCUUUCAAAAAUAAUCAAAACUGAAUCAUUUUCAAAUCUGUUCUUUUGGUCUAGAAUUUAAAAUGCACAUUUAAUUCCUGACAAAUCACACUUUAGUAAAUAAUCUGACAUGAGUAAGUCGAUUUUUGGGGGGAGCAAGAAGAAGAGAAUUUUUUAAAAUGCACGACAAGCUAUGAAAACACACAUUUAGACUGCACAACACAGCAAUUUUGUAUUCAUUCUGGCUUCUACGAACUACUUUACCCCAUACGUAAGAGCUACUGGUCUGACCCAAGACCUACACUUACCCAAAACUAGCAAACGGCUAGAUUUUUUAUGAUUACCGAGGUCACAUGGGUAAAAAAAAAACCUUGCCUUGUACAGUUUGGCAGCCAGAAUAGCUUUUCAUUUAUAAUGCAGGAGUUGGGUAAGCCACAAGGGGCACUUCCACCUUAAUGUUUCCUUAUUUAUUUUAAUUCUGUAUAGGAUGCCGAAAAUAAAAUAGAAUUUGAUAACUCUGUGUAUCCUCAAAGUGGCGUCUCAGAGGUAAGCAUGGGGCAUGCGGGAAACGAUAAUGUUUUAUUAGCAUGUUAAACACUACAAUAACACGCACACUAUUAGCAAGCUGCCCUAUUAUCGUGCUGUAUAUGUAACUAUUUGUAAGGUUAUGUUUGUAUUAGGAAAAAGCAAAAAGGAGAAAUUAAUGCAUCAUUUAUUAUUUAAAGAUGACUUAUAGCAAUGUAAAAAUGUAGUUACGACAGUAUCCAAAAAUAUUCCAGGAGCCUGUUAUGGGAUGUGACCUUUUUAAAAGGGGAGAGUCAGUCCAAUGACCACGUGCUCUGGUUCUUAUAAGUUCGGCAAGCCAAGAAGACAGACCAGCUGUCCACAAAAUACUCCAGAUAUGCAAACAUAGGAAAUUGUGUGACAAAAUCAUUUAACUGGAGUGAUCACCAUGGAAACCAAUAGAAUGUUUCUAUUUAUUGAUAAACAUUUAGAACUCUGCCCAAUCAUUACCUUUUACUCAGAAACCGUAUGGUAUCAAAACCAGACACCACAGCCAUUAUUGAACUGCACAUCACAAGGUUCUCGGAAAGUCAUCCGGUUGAGAAUUAUGGGAAAUAUAGUCCAACAAUAGUAAGACAGCUAAAACUAAACAACCUUAAUUUAAAAGCUUUUUGUACAUGUGCUUUGUAGUUGGUUUCAUCGAUUUUCCAACUUCUAUGUGACAUUAAGGAUAUACAUCAGUGGGGCUUGAGUUUGAAAUCUCUGUUUGUAGCUGUCUGCUAUGGCACUGCGUAUAAUAGUUCUGCAAAAAUACCUUGCAAAUUGUUCUGCAAAACAGAACAGUGCAUCCAAACAGCUUGCCAUAUGUAAAAAAUAUGCAUCUUAAAGAGCUUUUAAUUGAUUAGAUAACAAUCUUGGUUGAAAAAACACUCAAGAUCAUCAAGUUCAACCUUUAGAGGGACACUAUAUUCACCAGAAUAACUACAGCUUAUUGUAUUUGUUCUGGUGAGUAGAAUCAUUACCUUCAGGUUUUUUUGCUGUAAACACUGUCUUUUCAGAGAAAAUGCAGUGUUUACAUUACAGCCUAGUGAUAACUUCACUAGCCACUCCUCAGAUGGCUGUUAGAGAUCCUUCCUGGGUCAUGGCUGUCUAGAAUGCAUCCAAACAUUCAGUGUCUCCUCCAUCUGCAUGCAGACGCCGAACUUUCCUCAUAGAGAUUCAUUGAUUCGAUUCAUCUCUAUGAGGAGAUGCUUAUUGGCCAGGGCUGUGUUUGAAUCAUGCUGGCUCUGCCCCUUGUCAAUCUCAGCCAAUCCUAUGGGGAAGCAUUGUGAUUGGAUCAGGCUACCACUUCUGGUGAUGUCAGCACACUGCUUGUUUUUCUGAGUCAAACAGCAUGCAAAUCUACAGCUUCAGGCUUGAAUACAGUGAGAUUUUUAUUAUAUUUAUGGAGGCAUGAGGGACCCAGGGGGGUUAGAAGGUGGUUUUAACACUAAAGGGUCAGGAAUAAAUGUUUGUGAUCCUUUAAAAUUGGUGCAUCCCACAAUAUUGUCCACAGUGCUUGCAAUCUAUUGUAUACCUGACAUAUUCUAGAGAACUUGCCGUUUGAUCUAUACUUUAUAGCAGGAGUAGACAACCUUCGUCCCCCCACAUGUGGUGGACUACAUCUCCCCUGAUGCUAUGCCAGCAAUAUAGCUUUAAAAGCAUUGUGGGAGAAGCAGUCCACAAUACCUGGAGUGACAAAAGUUGCCUACCCCUGCGUUAGAGUAUUACAUUUCACUUUGUGUUCUAGAGAGCUUGUGUUGCACAGCAAUGUCAUUAAAUUGUAUUACAUUCUUCAAUGUAUUCUAAAAAAAAAAACUAGACAUCUCUUUUUAUAUUAGAUAUCUAUUUAAAAAAAAAAUUGCCUUUUGAGCUAUACCUCACAGUGCUUUGUAAAGAGCUUGUGUUUAUCAUACAUACAUGAUAUUAAACUGAAUUACACCCCACAAUGUAUUCUAGAGAGCUUGCAAUCUCUUUUUCUCUGCACAUUGUAUUCUAAGAUCUUGCAGUUGCUGUAUCCUAAACUGCUUGUAAUUUGUUAUUUGAUAGAAAGGGGGUAGGAGAAUAGAUUUGCAGAGGGCCCAUUGUCAUUAAAGAUCGACUUGCUUGUAUUAUCUGUUUGCUGAGAGAUAGAUACAGAAGGGAUGCUUUUGGCUUCCAUGUGAUAUGCAAAUGAAGCUUUGAGUUCCUGGCAUUGUGCAUCUGAUUCUUAUUUAUACAUUUACAUGGCCACACAGAUAUAUUUGCAAUGGGGAAAGCAUAAUGCAUUUAAAUUUGGUAUUAACUAAAUGUCGAUGAAACCUACAAUUCUGCAUUAGCAUCUGUUGAGCAGUGACUUGUAGCCAAGUCCUGCUGGCAGAAUGGAUGCUGGGAGCAGGUACGCACAGUGUGAAUGUACUUAGCAAGUCAGAUCCGAAGGUAAAACUAUACAGACUGGAACAAGGUAGCGAAACCAAGGGAGCCUGCAGUGCUUCCAGCCCUCCUUAGUGAACAUAACAGUCUGUAUAUUUAUUUGGAAAAAAGCCUCAUACCUCCUCACCGCCUCAUUUUUGGAGUUGUAGAAAUAAGACUCAUUUCACAAUUUUUGAUGAAAGAGUCUUGUUAAGUGCAUUAACACAUUUGUAUCAUUUGCAAAGGGUUGCGGUGCAGAGAGUACCUUGCGCUGAAUGUCUCUGCUCAGAGCCACUUGUAAAUGCAACAAUAUGUGCUGUAUGCUGUAGUUAUCAGACAAUCCCCAUGCAGCCAGAAUCAACCAGUUCAAAAAUUGUUUAACAAUUCAGAUUUUCUUGAACGAACACUUGUAUGAUAGCUUGUGGUCGACAUUCAGAAAACUCCUCCCAUUACGCACACAUACACUUGGGUAUUCCUCUUGUGUUGCUGUAUAUGUGCAAACUUCAUGGUCAUAGCAUAUUGCGAAUUCCAUGAAUUGGAUGAAUUACAAGGCAGAACCGUGGUAAUCUAAAAAAACUAAAAUAAUAAUAAUAAUAAUAAUGAAAAAAUAAAAUAAAAACGUAUGAUGCAUGCUUAACAAACGUUUUACUCUUUUAUUGUAUAACAAUCGCAAACUCAAAGUGUUUCUUAUAGUCAUGUCAAGACAUUCACAUGCAGACAGCAAAGCGUAGCUGGCAUAAUGUUUCAUGAUCACGUGAACCUUUUUUUUAAAUAAUAUCAUUUAUUGUAUUAAAAAUUCAGCAUUUAUUGUAUUUUUAAUAACUCAGGGUCUUGUGUAUUGUUAGAUGCAUAAAUCAUUAAAACGGUAAGUAUUUAAAAAGGAGAAUGGCUCAGUUGCCCUUAUAUUCACAAAUAAAUAACUGCUCAGUUAGAUCAACACAUACAAAGUGCUAGAGAAAAAAAGAAAAAUAUAGUUAGGUGAAUAGACUUGUCAAAGAGAGAUGUGGGUACCACUAGACCUAGUAAAAAUAUUAAAAUAUUAAAGAAACACUGUAGAAUUAGGAAAACAUAUCUGCAUUCCUAACACUACAGCUUUGGUGCCCCUGUACAAUUAGUCCCCGCACCCCCUGUAAUCUUAAAAUAAAAACAAAAUUAUUAAGUUUCAAACAAAUUGCUCACCCUUCUCCAGUGCCGAGUCUUCCUUGGCGAGAUUCCAUGACUUCCACCUUCAGUGACAUCAUCCUGGACGUCCUGGCGUGUCAAUCCAAUGCUACUCUUACAAUGAUUCUCUAUGGUCGAACCAUGACGGUAUAUUACAGAAUGAGAACCGUGAAAUAAGGUUCCCGUUUCUCAUACCCAGAGGGUUUGGAGGUGUGCCUUGAUGCCGCGCUUCUAAGCCCUCUAAUUACUUAACUAAGGGCUUUGGUGGGUAGGUGAGGGAAACAGGACUGGAGGCACUCUGACAAUUUCAUUAAUAUGAACUUGUCAAACUGCCUACAGUGUCCCUUUAACUGGAACCUUUAACUGCCUGGAAUUUUUAGCAGUAUGUGAACUUUUUCCCUAUAUUUAACAAAUAAUCAUUUGUAAGGUUUGAAAAUGAAAAUUGAAUUCAUACUGAAAUAUAUACUUCUAUCUUGAAACUUGGUCUCGCUAGCUCGCUACCAAUCAUUAUUUUAAGUUCUGUAAUUUGUGCUCGGCAGUCAGCAUGGGAGAUAUCAACAUCUGAGGUUUAUUGUUGUGGAGCUCUGUGAUAUGCUCUGUGACACAAUUAUACACAUGGCACAUUACAGUGAGUUUUAUUGCUCAGUAGUUCUGAAGUACUCUUACACACUAAACAUUACAGCGAGUUUCAUUGCUCAGUAGUUCUGAAGUACUCUUACACACUAAACAUUACAGCGAGUUUUGUUGCUGUGGAUCUCUGGGAUUCACUCAUAUACACCUCCCAUUCCUGUAAGUUCUUACUGUGCAACUCUACAACACCACAUAUUAUAGGUAUUUCUGUGGUAUUGCUGUGUGAUGCGAUCAUAAACUGUGCAUUAAAGUGAAUUUUAUUGCAUGUGGAGUUCUUUGAUACAAUCAGAAACAGUGUAUUACUGUGAGUUUUAUUGCAUGUGGAGCUCUGUGAUACACUCUGACUGUUAGUAUCUAAUUCAUAAUCAAAUAUUUCUUACUUAACUGAUGACAUGCUAAUUAGAUAUAUGUAUAGUAUGAGUUUGCUGUCAAUUAGCUAAGGGUCUGUGGGGCUUGUUACUUACAUUUAAUAUGAGUGGCUGAAUAUGUGUUUAAUUGGCUAAUUAAGUACAUAUUAACAGAUAAUGUUAUAUGUGUGUAUAUACAUGUAUUUGAUUAGUUAUGUGGGCAAUACGUCAGAUGGUGCGGUUUAGUGGGCUCGGUAGGGCUCCAUUUAUUUCUGAGACCCAGGUUGCAAAAUGUCUUAGGUCAACCCUUGUGAGAGAUCAUACAUUAAGUGUUUGUUUUUUUCUAAACAGCUUAUUGUCUACAACAAAUAUGACAAUAACUAUGUGUCCAUUCUCUAAAAUGGCUUCUUUUUGUUUAUUAAGUUGACAAGCAUAAAAAGUGACUCAGAUACCACAAGUCUUCUCCAGAAAAGCAAUGAGUUCUAUUUUUCAUCAAACAUUAUAAUAACACAGUGGAGGUAAAUAUAUGUAUUCUGUCUGUCAUGGAAGACCUUUAAAUACUUGACACGCAAGCAGGACUCUAAACACCAUAACCACUUCUGUUCAGUGUGGUGGUCAUGUUGCUGAAACUCUCUAGGCUCAUCCUGUGGGGACUCUGUCAAAGCAUUUGAAAAUAGUUAUACAAAUAAACAACACACUCACCUAGAGAUCUCACCCCAGCUGCCCAAAUAAUGCAGAAUUUACUCUUCUUCCGUAUUAUAAAUCUAGGUUUCAGCUAACUUUGAUGACAGUGAUAGGCUGAUUGGUCAGGGUCGGGUUACAGCAGAUCUUUCAGCCAAUCACUGCCAUCCAGUUUGGACGAAUUGACAUUGAAUUUGUGGAAGCAUAAAGUAUAAAUUCUGCUUUAUCAGUGUUGAUGAGGCGUUGUAGUCUGUAGGUCUCAUGGAGAGACCCAGUUUAUGUCAAACAGCUCCGUAAUGGUUAUACACACAAAUGGGGUACAGAGACCUGAGAGUCUGGAGCUCUGAUGCCUUCACACAGCUCCAGGAACCCCACUGUUCUACCAGAGUUCGUAUUUGUGCCCCAUUUCCUGCCCAGGUGGUAAGAAGAAGGGGGAAAUUUAUUUUUAAAAAGGAAUUAGUGUAGAGAGCCUCGUCCCCUCACCCCGCCAUACUCGCCACCACUCAUCCUGCCACAUACCAUGUUAAACCUACCCCUUUAUGCCUGUAACUAUCAGCCCCCAAAUGCUGUCACAUUCACCCAGCUUCCCUUGCUACACUCACACCCCUCACGCUGUCACUCACUGAAAAUAGUCAUUGUGAUACACACUCAUCUCACACACAUGAAACACAGCCUGACCACAAACACAAUGACACAUUCACACACAAUAAUGAUCUGGCUCAUACACAGGUACACAAUGUUAAAAACAUAGACGCACUCAGUCAAAUAUGUACACACACUCUCAGGCACAUAUACAGGUGAUACUCGAAAAAUUUGAAUAUCGUGCAAAAGUUCAUUUAUUUCAGUAAUGCAACAUAAAAGGGGAAACUAAUAUAUGAGAUAGACGCAUUACAUGCAAAGCAAGAUAGUUCAAGCCGUGAUUUGUCAUAAGUGCGAUGAUUAUGGCUUACAGCUCAUGAAAACCCCAAAUCCACAAUCUCAGUAAAUUAGAAUAUUGUGAAAAGGUGCAAUAUUCUAGGCUCACAGUGUCCCACUCUAAUCAGCUAAGUAAGCCAUAACACCUGCAAAGGGUUUCUGAGCCUUUAAAUGGUCUCUCAGUCUGGUUCAGUAGGAAUCACAACCAUGAGGAAGAUUGCUGACCUGACAGUUGUGCAGAAAACCAUCAUUGACACCCUCUAUAAAGAGGGAAAGCCUCAAAAGGUAAUUGCGAAGGACGCACAUUAAUAGAAAGUUAUGUGGAAGGGAAAAGUGUGGAAGAAAAAGGUGCACAAGCAGCAGGGAUGACCGCAGCCUGGAGAGGAUUGUCAGGAAAAGGCCAUUCAAAUGUGUUGGGGACUUUCACAAGGAGUGGACUGAGGCUGGAGUCAGUGCAUCAAGAGCCACCACACACAGACGAUCCUGGACAUGGGCUUCAGAUGUCGUAUUCCUCUUGUCAAGCCACUCCUGAACAACAAACAACGUCAGAAGCGUCUUACCUGGGCUAAAGAAAAACAGACCUGGUCUGUUGCUCAGUGGUCCAAAGUCCUCUUUUCUGAUGAGAGCAACUUUUGCAUCUCAUUUGGAAGCCAAGGACCUAGAGUCUGGAGGAAGAAUAGAGAGGCACACACUGCAAGAUGCUUGAAGUCCAGUGUGAAGUUUCCACAGCCUGUGUUGAUUUGGGGAGCCAUGUGAUCUGCUGGUGUUGGUCCACUGUGCAUCAUUAAGUCCAUGGUCAAUGCAGCCAUCUACCAGGAGAUUUUGGAGUACUUCAGACAAGCUUUAUGGGAUGCUGACUUUAUUUUCCAGCAGGACUUGGCACCUGCCCACACUGCCAAAAGCACCAAAGCCUGGUUCAAUGACCGUGUGAUUACUGUGCUUGAUUGGCCAGCAAACUCGCCUGACCCAAACCUCAUAGACAAUCUAUGGGGCAUUGCCAAGAGAAAGAUGAGAGGCAUGAGACCGAACAAUGCAGAAGAGCUGAAGGCCGCUAUUGAAGCAUCCUGGUCUUCCAUAACACCUCAGCAGUGCCACAGGCUGAUAGCUUCCAUGCCACGCAGUAAUUGCUGCAAAAAGGGCCAAAACCAAGUACUGAGUCCAUAUGCAUGCUUAUACUUUUCAGAGGUCCAAUAUUGUUCUAUGUACACUACUUGUUUUAUUGACUGCAUGUAAUAUUCUAUUUUACUAAGAUUGUGGAUUUGGGGUUUUCAUGAGCUAUAAGCCAUAAUCAUAGCACUUAUGAUAAAUCACGGCUUGAACUAACUUGCUUUGCAUGUAAUGCAUCUAUCUCAUAUAUUAGUUUCCCCUUUUACAUUGCAUUACUGAAAUAAAUGAACUUUUGCACGAAAUUCAAAUUUUUCGAGUAUCACCUAUAUAGAUAUAUAAUGCUAAACACACAAACACACUCCUACACACACACACACAGACACCACUCAGCCACUACAUACAAUACUCAUUGUAACAGAGCCCGGGGACUGGGGAAACCUUAAUCUGCACCGGAUCCUGGACACAUUACUAGUCUGGGGCCCCCUUCAUUCUUUAUAUAGGGAUAGUUAAUGGGUUCAAGCAAAUUCAUGUUUCCGGGGCCCCUGUCUAACCACUGGGCCGUAGGUGGCAUUAUGGUUCAUACUACUCUGUAAAUUAUAUAAAAAGUAAUUCACUAAAAACAAUUUAUUAAAAAAAACAAAAACCUCACUUAAUAUUCCUCCUAACACUUAUACGCACACCCUGUCAGACAUUAAUUAUAAAAUUAUGGAUGUCUUUACUGACCCACACACUUUUAAAUACUCCUUUAAGCAUCUGUUCAGCAACAAAGUGAGCUGAUUCGUAUCCACUCUAUUUAUACCGGCAGCAGUGAGUUCUGGGAAAUGACUGAGCAAGCCUCUCUCUGACAGUCGCUGUCCUGCCAAGCUCUGCACACCAAACACAACAGAUGAAGUGUGGGCAGUGACAAUUUGAGCCACCCUCCCAUAUGCACACUGCCCUGCCAGGCCUUUCAAUUUUGUUUUCAGCCUUAAUUCAUGAGGCACCGGUAUGCCAGCAAGGGAUUAACUGCUUCAGCCCUGUGGGAACACUAUAAUUUAAUCAAGAACGGCAAAGUUAUAAUUACAUAUAGAGAAACACAGCAUUCGCCCACUCCUGUCUGCCCAAUAUAACACUAACAGGUGUACCUAGCACUUUACAUGUUAUAAUGGAGAGUGGCUCAGCGGUUUCUGUAGUUAUACAGUGUAUGUAUAUUCUAUUUUUAUAGCACUAACAGGUGUACUCAGUGUUUAACAGGUUACAUUACAGUGGUGGGAGGUACAGUAGGUACACAGUGUUUGUAUGUUUUCUUUAUAUAGCACUGACAGGUGUACUCAGCACGUUAAAAGUUACAUUAGGGACACUAUAGUCACCAGAACAACUACAGCUUAUUGUGUUUGUUCUGGUGAGUAGAAUAAUUCACAUUACGCUUUUUGCAGUAAACACUGUUUUUUUUUCUGAGAAAAUGCAGUUUUUACAUUACAGCCUAGGAAUACCUCCACUGUCCACUCCUCAGAUGGGUACUAGAGGUGUUUCAUGGCCAGUGCUGCACACUGUGCAAUACUGCCAUUCAGUGUCUCCACCCUCUGCAUGCAGACACUGAACUUUCCUCAUAGAGAUGAAUUGAUUCAAUUCAUCUCUAUGAGGAGAUGCUGAUUGGCCAGGGCUGUGCUUGACUUGUGCUGAUUCUGCUGCUAAUCUGCCUCCUUGACAAGGUUUUCUAGGUGAAAGCAUUGUGAUUGGCUUUUGAUCAACACAUCUGACAAUGUCAGCCAAGCAGUCAGAUCAAGGGCAGAGCCAGCAGCAACAGACUGGAAUAAAAGUAUGAUUUUACUAUAUUUAAGGGGGGCAAGGAGGGCUAGGGGGCUAGAUGGUGGUUUUAACACUAUAGUGUCAGGAAUAUAUAUUUGUGUUCCUGACCAUAUAGUGUUCCUUUAAUGUAAUAGAGGUGCAGUAGUUAAACAGUAAAAUAUAUAUUUUAAUGAUAUAGUGCCAACAGGUGUACUUAUCACUUUACUGGUUACAUCACACUCUACAGGCUAUAUUACAGCAGAGGGGAAUAUAGUAGUGCAGCAUAUGUAUAUUUAAAUAACACUAACAGGAAGAUAGAUUUUUAAAGAGGAAUUGUUACUCCUUGAGAAAUUGUAGCAUUAUAUAAAAUAUUGAAAAUCACAUAUAACACGUGUUAUUUAUUUAUUUAUGUGAUGCUCUUUUUUUUAAUUAAAUUUGAAAGAUUCAAGUAUUGGCAUUGUGUACAUAUUUUUUAAAUAUAAAGGAUUAGUAAACAUAAUAUUAAAAAGAAUUCAAAGUAAUGGUAAACAUCUGUUCUAGUCAGAUAACAGGGUAAAUGCUGACUAUCCGGGUUUAAACAUGGGCUAGCCCUUUUACAGGUAGACAUUUUUCGAGAUUUUAGAACUGUAGAAGUAAGUGUUGUUUUUUGGUAAAGAAAAUAUAACUGGCGGAGUUCUGAAGGGCCUUAGGAAGACAUACUGUGAGCUUGUUUGUGCAGGAGCCUUCUCUCCAGAUGCUACUACUCGCUUUGUAACAAUUAAAUGCUUGUCUUGUUUCCUAUUGUACAGCGCUCCAGAAUAUGUUGGCGCCAUAGAAGUAAUUGUUAUUGCAGUUAAUAAUCAUGGUAUUAAUGUGAACCAACGAGUAUGAAGUUGUUAUAGUCCAUACAGGAGGGCAUCCAGAAAGGCUAGCAAAUUUCUGAUUUAAAAAGGAGAAUGAGACAAAAUAACAAUGAGCUAUAGACAGACAGAUAAAAAUGUGUGUGUGUGCUUGUAUAAAUAUACAUAGAAAUGUGUGUUUAUAACUAUACAUAUUGCAUCAAUAGGCCGUCAUUAACAAUAUAAACUGUCAUAGUUCAUACCUGCUUUCCUGUUUCAAUAACUGCAAACUUAGGAUUCCGUUCUAUCUCAGACACCAUUUUAUUUCACUUACUGUAGUAAUAUGUCUUCACACGAGCGCCUCUGAAAUCCUUUAAAUCCCACAAGCUAGAUGCUGAUAUUGCGAGGUCGUAAACAUGCUAAUUUCUCACCACAAGAGCUGUUUCAUGGUGGCAUUUUCCAGCGGCAUGUGAAUAACGACCCCAAUCCGGCGCAAUGCCCCGCAUCUCUCACUGUAUAAAACCAUACAUCAAUUUUAUUCAAUCUCUUUAAAACACAUGAAUAUUUCACGCACAGAAAUGCAAAUAUUUUCCAUUCGGUAACAGACCGGUAUUAAAGUUUGGGUGCAGGAAGAGGAGGUAUGAAUAUAGACUCCUGCAACUUCACGCAAACAGAAUAUUACUGCUACUAAAUGCGAGGUAUUUGCAUUUCUAUCUCUGAAAUAUUUAUGUAGUUUAAGCAGAUUGAAAAAAAAAAUCUGACAUAUGGUUUUAUAUGAGAUGCAAGAAAAGUCUAUUGCAUCUGGGAUCUUAUUUACAUGCACACAAACAUAUAUUUACAGUAUUUUCCAGAGUAUAUGUACUUCUCCCCGGCAAAUAUAAAUAGACUAUCUUGUAGAUAGGAGAAAUUUGUAGAACCAAAUUAUAAUCGGCAUUGAAACGAUGUAUCAAGCGAAGUAUCACUUAUACAAUCCUGAGUCAUAAGGUAUCUAAAUUAGCUUUGUUUUAAAAGUAUAUCAUGUACAGAAAUGUAUUAACUAGGUUUUUGAUAUGUUAGAUGUGCCAUUAUGAUUAGUUCUGGUCAUGAAGAUUUUUUAAAGGGACGGUAUAACUGUCAUGGUACACAAAUGUAAGUGAAAUUAAAGUGCAUAAAAUUUAAGAAUAGUUAUAAAAUGUAUGAAUUAGAAGCAAAACCUAUUUGAAAAUGUAAUCCCUCUUCUCUGCUAUCAAUCAAUUCUCAGCCUUGAGAAGUAAGACAUUGGCAUAGACCUGUAAGGUGAAAAUGAGUAACAGAGAUUUCUAUGAAAACCCUCAAAGAGGUGGUUCUCCUGCCCUCUUUCAAAGCGACUAUCGGACAUGCACUGUAGUUGAUGUCAUAUUCCUGUAGUGCACACAUUUCUCAGAAGAAUAUAAAAAUAGACUGGCAGCCGUCACUCAUCCCUGCAUGUGACUUGCACAGCCUUCCUAAACACUUCCUGUAAAUAGUCAUCUAAUGUAUACAUUUCCUUUAUUGCAAAUUCUUUUUAAUUUAGAAUGUCUAAUCUCCCGCUCUGUUAAAACUUUGCUAGACCCUGCAGCAGCCUCAUGUAGGUAAAUAAAGUUAAAUUCACACAGCAGGAUAUAAAAACUCAUAAAGUUACAUCUGAUUGAAAAUUGAACCAUUUUGUUUUCAUGUAGGCUGUGUCAGUCAGAGCCAGGAAAGGUGUUAGGGCUGUAUAAACAGAAACAAAAUUGAUUCAACUCCUAAAUGGCAGGGAAUUGAACAGUGAGACUUCAGGGACAGUUAUAGAGUGUGCACAACACAGCUUCUCUUUUACUUAUUACUUUAAUAAGAAAACUCUGAGGAAGUCUUAUAUUGGAUAAAACAUAUACAAGCUUUUUUUUUUUUUUUUUGUAUGUUUUUAAUUCAUGUUGGAUUGGAAAAUAAAGUCAAAUUUUGAAUACCUACCCUGAGGCCAGGAGCAUUAUCCCUGACGUAGAAUACAUAAGAGGAAAUCCUUUGAUAACCCCCAGAUAUUUAAGGACCACAAGCGUUGAUGUCACUUUGCAAAUUCGACAAAGUCCCCAGACAGUGACAGUGCGCUUUAAAUCUUUAUUCUGAUUAGCUCUACCUACCUACCUGAAUAUCUAUCUACCUAUCUAUUGUGCAAUCAUACCACAUAAAUUACAAUGUUAGGAUUUAAACUGGGUGCCAUAAAGAGGCUCAAACUGCAUACCAAUUAAAUGGUUACUGUAAACAGUAUGGAAAGAGUUAAAUAUAUGGUUUAACAGUUUCACUCCCAGAACAGCCAGGAGCCAUUCAUUAACAGAAAGAGAUAUUAUAACUGCAUCUAUAUCCAGAGGGAAGGCAAUGAAGCAAAUAGCAGCUUUAUAUGUUAUGUGAAAAAUACUGUCAUAGCAGAAUUACAGGCCCUCCGGCAGCGAAAAGGUGAAACAGUAUUAAAUGGUUAUAAUUUCUGCAGAGAACAGCCACGAGGGAGCAGAGAUUGAAUGGGCCACAGAUUCAUACCCUGGAAGAACAAAUGUGUGAUACUGUGUGCUAAUAAAGUUUGUUGACAUUUUCAAAUAUCCCAUAAAGUGUGCAUCAAUCCAGUCGCCACUGUACAACACUUCAGUAUGUGUUGGUGCAUUAUAAAUAGAAUGAAUGUUAAAAUAAAUUAGCAAGGCACAAAAUGCAGACAUAUAUAUAUAGAAACAAUUGCAGCUCAACAUUAGAAAAGAUUAAUUGUCCCUGUGGAUCCUUUUGCCUCUAAUCCGUUUAAUCAGGCAAAUCCUUUCCUGUGGGAAAUAUCCCAUCUGUACGGUGUAUUGUCACCUUUUCUGUGCUAAAAAUCCAAACAUAAUUUUAGUAAAUAGUCUCAAGGCAUGAAGAGCCUUAAAGUGUUCAAAGUUUGAGGUACACAGUGGUUUAUUUAUACCGAACACUGAAUUACAGUGAAUUUAUUUAACUACUAGAAAAGCAACAAUUUCUGGGGAAAUUGUGUGAAGUGUUCUUGCCUCCACCAGUAGUCUACAACUGGGGUGGGCGAAGUAACUGUUAUUAUUUAUUUAUAUAGCACAUUUAAUUUCAACGUUGUUGCCCAAAGUACUUCACAGUUACAUUAAAACAUACAUUUAUAAAAACAUUAGCAGGUGUUCAAAAGGCCCUGUCUAUGACAUCACUUGCUGCUGCAGCCUGACACAGGUCAGAGUAUUUUGGCGGUUGCCAUCUUCAAACGGUCAUAUUUUAAACACUAUACAUCCUACAGUGAAGAGCUUUAUAUUGUGAGAAUCACAAGACGCAGACCUACAUUUUGAUGCAUAGUAUGUCUCUGAAGUAUUAGAAAUGAAGGAACAGUCGCAGUUUAGACAUUGCCCUUCAAAUUUGAGCUGGCUAGAGUGGAGUUUCAAUGAAUGUCAAUGGACGGCGUGAGUUGCAAACAAAUGGUCAUAUUGUGAAAACUAUCAGGACUAUGGCUUAGCCAUGGACAUUUUUGGUGGCAGCAGGGAUAGCUGAACGUUUUGUUAUAAGUUUUGUGGGCUUGAAAAUGAGGAAGUGGUGGCAGUUUAGAAAUCAUGUCCUGAUUUUUCAGCUUUUGCCAGCUCCCACUCUAGUUUUGAACAUUUUGCCAUUCAUUCCUAUGGGACCAAUUUCGCCACAUGAACGAAAAUAUUCCGUGAACCAUUCGGCGAAACAUUCCACAAAGUAAUAGCACACUGAUCGGGAACAAUCCACACAUUUCAGUAUAUUACUGUCUAUAUAGUGUAAAAACUGUGGGAGGAAUUAGGGUGGUAAAUUUGGCUAUAAUAAGAAUAAUAAUAAUAUAUAUGUGAGAUAACAUUAAGUGGUCUUGCUAUGCAAGAACACUUAAUAAUGGCCUGAAAUGUUAAAAUCUGUUAUCUGUGUUACACGAUUCCCAGUUUAUUGAAUAACUAUCAACAUAGUUUUGUUAGCCCCUCCAGUACAUGUUUGUUGGGUGGGGGGGAUUGGGCUCACAGAAUGACAAUCGGGCACAAUAUUCUUGGUUUAUGGAAAGUAAUAUAUAUAUAUUUGUUUUUCAUGUCAGUAUACACAAAUAUUUUUUGAAUGACAAAAUGAGAAUAUCUUGCUGAGCAUGUUUAUCAGACUCAGUUAAAGAGCAGAAUGUUUAUUUCUUAAAAUUGUGAAACGUGUGCUCAAGGGGUUAAGCUAUGAAUAUGCUGUCUGCAUAUCCAUGUGAUGUGGAUACAACAGGUUACUAAACUGGACUGUUUAAACCAGGGCUGAGCAAACUGUAGACUCCCAGGUGUUGUAGAACUUCAACUGCCAUGAUGUUUUGCCAGUCUAUAGAAUGGCAAAGCAUUGUGGUUGUUGCAGUCCUACAACAUCAGUGGAUCCACUCUUUACCUAGCCCGAUUUCAAACUUACUUUCAUUGCUCUGAUUUCAUAAAAUGGCACUCUGAGAUCCAAUAAAAUUUAACUUACGUAGCCUCAUUAAUAUGCUAUAUUUUUGGCAUGCUCAAUAUUUAUAAUUUUUGCAUUAAAAAAAUAAAUAAAAAAUGUUAGCAGAAAGUUGCACCAUAAGCCUGCCUCUUUAGCCACGCCCCCUCACUUCAGGAAAAAUGCUUCCGUAUCAGUGUGUACACAGCUCAGCCACUGACAGUACUGAAUGAUCUGAACUACAAAACAACCUGCAUUAUAUGUAAAGGGCACCCAUGGAGACAUAGAGUAAGGAUAUCACUACCUGUUUGUAGUUUCUCUGACUGUCUGCAGCCUGGUUGCAAAUUAAAAGCCACUCACUCAGUGCUGUUAUGGCUGAGCCAUGUGCAUACAUUUGAUAAGGAAGUCUUGCUGGCAUGAGGGGGUGUGGAUUUUAGCACGCAAAAAAAAUAAAAUCAGCAUAUUAAUGAGGAGAGCAUCUUUCAAAUGCAUUAACGUUGUACUGGUGCCCAGAGUGUCCCAUUAAACAAUACUUAUACUUUGCAUUUCAGAGCUGGUCUUGACUUGCUAAAAAGAAUAGUCAGUCUCUUGCAAGAAUUCCAGUUAACCCUUUAAGGACACAUGACGGAAAUAUUCCGCCAUGAUUCCCUUUUAUUCCAGAAGUUGUGUCCUUAAGGGGUUAAACAGUCAAAAAAAUAUAUAUAUAUAAUGAAAAUUGUACACCAGGCCUACGAAUAAUUAAACAUUCACUUCAUUACUCUUUGUAUAAUAUCCACACAAGGCGAUGAAUAAUUUGCAUAGUUAUUUUAUAGUACACACAAGGUUUAAAUGUCCUUGAUUUAUUCAUUAGCUGAUGUUUAUUUAUUUUAAACUCUUGUUUUUAUUUAUUUAUUUAUUUUCAUUUACGUCUUUGUUUUUUUUUCCCCACUGUACACCAUUUUUUUUUUUGUUAAUUAUGUGUUUGCGAGUUCCUCUAGAUUGUAAAUUCACUUUAGCUGGUUCUUCAUUAUACCUUGUCCCUAUUCGCAUAAUUUUGUUUGCCUCGAGUUACAUACAUGCUUUAUUCUGUGUUAACAUUGCACAGCAUUAUGAAAUACGGUAACAUUCUUAGAAUAAUAAUCAUAACAUGGGUGCGUUAUACAAAAGUUUGAAUUGGGGCUCAUAUGGGUUGAUCUACUCAAAUACUGACUGCAGUAACAUAUCUACAUAAGAAGAACAACGGAAGCCAUUGAUAUUUAUAUAUGAAACACAUACCAACUGCUAACUCGAGUUCAAUAUAAUAACCUCCUCUUAUGGCUUUAGCAAUCUUUGCAGAGAUCUUUUUAAAGACUGCUCGUCCACUGUUACUGUCAUUUAGAUGGCAUUUAAAGGUUAAUAGCGGCAAGUUUUGAAGGCGUAAUGAAAUGAAUAACACAGUACUGCCAAGUGUCUGAACAGACUGGGGUUUGUCCUAAAUUGAUUAUAGGACUACACGAAACAUUCUAUCUACAUAAUCAAUGUUCACACGCUCAUAACUAACAUGUCUCGCUCACUGAGCUGUAGGCAGAUAUUAAGCAUAAUAAUAAUAAUUACCGAAAACGUCUACCAUUAGGGUGAGAUCCCGCAAGGCUGUUUGUAUGACCGAAAUUUGAAAAUACUUAAGGAGUUAUUAAUUAAAAAGUAAACUGAUUGCAAGAUGUGAUUGGAAACAUAACUGAGCCGCAUAGUUCUGUAGUUUGGCUGGUUUGGCUUAAAUGUUGCAAUUUGGUUUUAAGUUUAGCAUAAACAUUUUGCUUUGCUCUCUUUUCCUGGAUAAACAUUCAGUCGAGCUGAACCAACAUUUGACCGAAUUUUGGGUUUCUCAAAAAUGUUUCUAAUUUUGAAAAAAUUGAUUCAGCAUGACAAAAAUUUCUCAGCGUGCAGAAAUCUAUCAACAGAUUCUGGGAACCUAAUGAAUUCUGAUGACAAUGACUAGAGAGGUUUUUUUUUUUUAUGAAGCCCAUAUCAGGCCCUAAACAAGUCCUGUUGAUAGAACUCCGGUUGAGAUUGAUGGGAGUAAGUUCGAGAACAGCAGACGAUCCAUGUUCUGCUUUAGGGCAUCUGUUCUGCAAAGUAAUUCCACAUGUUUGUCUGUUAGUGGAUAGUAACUGUAUUCUGUGACUUACAAUUGUUCAACUUUUUCCUUGUUAUAAAAAAAUGCCAUAUUCCCCAAAGUAUUUUAGUCAUCGAUAAAGCUUUUUUCCCGAGGAAAGAAUAGUAAAGAAUGAGAAGGUUUGUUCUCAGUGAACAGGGACCCUGGAGAUUGACCAGACAUCGUCUCAAGAAGCAAUCUGAAAAAUAGUAUAUUUUCACUUUUGAUGUCUUAUAUACCUAAAAUAAGGGCAGGAAUUAGAACAGGGAGAUACUCCGACCAAUAGACUACCCAUUGUUUCAAGAUUCACAUAUUAUGCUUUCUCUGUCGUGGGAAAUGUAAUCAAGAAACUCAUCCCAGCACCAUCUGGUCCAUUGAAAAGCAGCCAGUGUAUAUCAUACCGGUACAUAGGAAGACAGAGGGACCCAGAGGAACUCUGAUACAUAUUACUGCAUGAGAGUAAUGCAUAGAGACAGAACCACUGCUCUUCUGUACCGUAACACUGUAACACAAACUGCGUACCACACUCAAUGCUAUCACACACUGCACCAUUACACACUGCUGUAACACUGAACUGUAACACAAACUGCGUAAUACACCACACUAUCACACACUGCACCAUUACACACUGCUGUAACACACUGCACUGUAACACAAACUGCGUAAUACACCACACUAUCACACACUGCACCAUUACACACUGCUGUAACACACUGCACUGCUCUUCUGUACCGUAACACUGUAACACAAACUGCGUACCACACUCAAUGCUAUCACACACUGCACCAUUACACACUGCUGUAACACUGAACUGUAACACAAACUGUGUAAUACACCACACUAUCACACACUGCACCAUUACACACUGCUGUAACACACUGCACUGUAACACAAACUGCGUAAUACACCACACUAUCACACACUGCACCAUUACACACUGCUGUAACAUACUGCACUGUAACACAAACUGCGUAAUACACCACACUAUCACACACUACACCAUUACACACUGCUGUAACACUGAACUGUAACACAAACUGUGUAAUACACCACUCUAUCACACACUGCACCAUUACACACUGCUGUAACACACUGUACUGUAACACAAACUGCGUAAUACACCACACUAUCACACACUGCACCAUUACACACUGCUGUAACACACUGCACUGUAACACAAACUGCGUACCACACUAUAUGCUAUCACAUACUGCACCAUCAUACAUUGUUGUAAUACACUGCACUGUAACACAAACUGCAUAACAAACUGCACUAUAACACACUGCAUUAUCACAAACGGUGUCACACUGCACUAUCCCACACUGCACCAUUAUACACUGCUGUAACACACUGCACUAUCACAAACUAUGUAGCACACUAAACUAUCACACACUGCACGACUACACACUGCUGUAACACACUGCACUAUCACACACCGUGUAGCACACUAAACUAUCACACACUGCACAAUUACAAACUGCUGUAACACACUACACUAUCACUCAUUGUGCUGUAACACACUUCACUAUAACAAACUGUGUCAUACUGCACCAUUCCACACUGCACUAUCACAAACAGUGCAACACACUACACUGUUACAUACUGCUGUAACACAUUACACUAUCACACCUUGUGUAACAUACUACACUAUCACACACUGCUGUAACACAUUGUAAUACACAGCUAUAUUUACCAAAACUGUAACACACACAGCACAAUCAAACACUGCUAUAAGUACAGACUACUGUAAUGCACACACAACACAACCAUGCAGCUCAACUACAUGCCUCUGUAACAAACACAGCACAACUACACACUAGUGUUACACACACUGCGCCACUACACAAUGGUAUUACAAUACUACACAGAGACAAAGAAUCAGUAUUUUACUUGAACACCUACAGCACUACAAUUAUUUAUAUAGCGCCAACAUAUUCUGCAGGGCUGUACAAUAGGUAAACAAGACAAACAUUCAAUUCUAAUAAAACACAGAUGACAUGUGGAAACAGGUGAAGAGGGCCCUGCCCACGUUAGCUUACAAUCUAAAUGGGACAAAUACACAAAGGAAAGUGAAGGAAUCAGUAUGUACCUAAGGAGGCCAGGGGAGUUUUUAAGGAGGGAGUCCGGUAGAUUGGAGGUGGCAGAGGAAUGGUGUAGGGGAUGAGGAGUGAAAGGGACAUGAGAGACAAAUUGAAGUGCACAUUGAAGUGGUCUUGGUGCAGUGCCCCUGUCACUUUAAACCUUCAAUGGUGAUUAUUGUAGUUAUUGAGAGACUGCAAUAAUUGCCUUGUAGUGUUAACUCCACCUCAAGUGGCUAUCUACCAGACAAUGCUUACCUAUGGGGUUGUCUUAAUGCGAUCGCCGCACAUGCUCAUCAGGUCCCACAAUGUCGGGGAGGAGGAGCGAAGGAGGAGUAAGUGACAAAAGGGUUCAGGUAAAUGACAAAAGGACUUUUAAUCAAGAGCGGUGUGAUAUGAGAACCCUUGGGUCUAAGGUAAUAGCUUGGCAGAGGCAUUCAUUAUGGACUGUAGAGGAGCAAUUCGGGAACUUUUCAAUCCAACAAGGGUUAAUAUUUUCAGUCCAACAAGGGUUAAGGCUGGAGAGCAUGGACAAUCAUUUUGGCAGUGUCUUGAGUGAGAAAGGGACAAAUGCAAAAAAAAAAUUUAAAGUAAAAUUGACAAGAUUUGGUGAUAGAUUUCAUGUAAGGGGUGAAGGAAAGGUCAGUGUUAAAGAGCACACCAAGACAAUGCAUCUGCAGAGUAUACGUCAUGAUGUCAUGAUUACACCGUUGACCUUAAGCAGACACAGAUAUGUCUAUAGAGGGAGGAACGAUAAGGAGUUUGUUUUUAGAGAGGAGUUUAGGAACCGUGAACUCAUCAAGUAAAAACAUAGAUGUUGCUUUUUCUUUUGCCAUGUUUCAUAUCGAUAAACCUCUCUUAUCAUUCUCUCUUCAACUUUUCAGUUGCCCCGUAUUAGGAGGUCCGUGCUUGGCCUUUGCCGUUUCUGCUGUGGAUGUUGCAAGAAGAUGAAAGGAUGUGGCAUGUGUUGUCGGACCUGAUGUGUUGUCAAUGCCUGGACAUUUUUAUUAUCACCUUCACUGAAUAAUCCAUGGAAUUUGAG